AUGGAUGCCAGCAAAGCACCCCAUGUCGACAGGCGACAAUUUCAGUGGUACAAUGUCGCCGUUAUCCUCUACAUGGGGAUCGGAUCACUUGCUAUGGGCUACAGUGCCAGCAUCAUUGGCACAACACUAGCUCAAACAUCAUUCCUUCUGAAGUUCCAACUCACGACCCGUUCAGAUGCGACGACCCUCAUCUCUUUGAUGAACAGCUUGUUCCAAGCUGGUGCAUUUUUUGGAUCCAUCUUAAUCAACGUUAUCGGCGAUCACUAUGGCCGUAAAUGGACCAUCGCGGUUGCCAAUGUGCUUCUUGUGCUAUCCGGAGCGCUUAUGGCGGGCUCGGUCAAUAUUGCAAUGUUCCUGAUCUUCAGGUUUGUGGCUGGAAUGGGAUCCUGGAUGCUCCUGGGCGGUAUCCCACUUUGGAUGACCGAGGUUGCUCCUCCUAAGAACCGUGGUGCCCUGGUCAACAUUCACGGCGCAUGUCUAUUGCUGGGGUAUACGUGGGCGAGCUGGAUGGGAGUGGCAUUUUACGGGCUUCAAACGUCUGGGAGACACGAAGAAGCACGCAAGACGCUUGCCAAGCUUCAUCAUCCAGAUGAAGCAGAAGUUGAGUUCUCGCAAAUCGAAACUCAACUGAGUGUCGACAAGCAGUUGCCAUCGAGCUGGGGUUCCCUCAUGACCAAGCGGUCUUACCGCAAGCGUGCACUCUUCUCCAUUGGACUCGCAAUUGGUAUCCAAAUGACUGGUGUGCUUGUGUUCAAUAACUACGGUUCCAUCAUCUAUGAGGGCCUUGGCAUCAAAGGCUUGAACAUCCUCUUGUAUCAAGCUGGUUUCAACACCCUCGCUUUCGGAUGCGGCAUCAUUGGCAUCUUCUUGAUUGACCUGCUUCCAAGAAACAAACUGGUGGCGCUAGGCACCUUUCUCGUGACCUCCUGUCUUGUGGUGGAAGCUGCACUGGUCCACAACUUUCCUGUCGGCCCAGGUCAGAACGAUACUGCCCUAAGAGCAGCAGUUGCAAUGAUGUUUUGCUACAUGGCUUUCUCUCAACUCUGUCUAGACGAGGUCCAAUGGGUGUACUAUCCAGAGAUGUUCCCAAACCAUCUCCGGGGUAAAGGAGUAUGCCUUGGGCUAGCUACUAUCGCUUUGGUCAACAUCAUGUGGUUGCAGGUCGCACCACUGGCCUUCAAGACAAUUGGCUGGAAGUUCUAUUUAUGUUUCAUCAUUCCUGCGUAUCUGUUCGCUAUCAUUGCCUUCUUUUUCUUUCCCAAUACCAGAGGAAAACCUUUGGAGGAAAUAGCAGCAAUGUUUGGAGAUGAGACCGAGGUCUACAAUGGGCCUUUACAGAUUGCAGAGAGGCCCGAUCAUCAUGAUCCUGCCACCGGAAAAGAUGUCGAGGUAUCUCAUGAGAAAAUUGAGCAUGCAGGAUGA